AUGUAUCACCAACCGUAUGGCGAGGUGAACCAACUAGGCGGGGUGUUUGUCAACGGUAGACCACUCCCCAAUGCCAUUCGAAUUCGAAUUGUGGAACUAGCUCAGCUAGGGGUACGCCCCUGUGACAUAAGUCGAAAACUACGCGUCUCUCAUGGGUGUGUCUCCAAAAUAUUGGCACGUUUUAAUGAAACCGGAUCGAUUUUACCUGGAGCAAUAGGCGGGUCUAAACCUAGAGUGACAACGCCCAAUGUUGUGAAACAAAUACGAGUUUAUAAAGAUAAAGAUCCUGGCAUUUUUGCAUGGGAGAUACGAGACAAACUUCUAACAGACGGCGUAUGUGACAAGCAUAAUGUGCCGUCUGUCAGUUCCAUCAGCAGAAUUCUUAGGAAUAAAUCUUCACUUGGACCUGAAGGAAACUGUUCAAACAGUGCAAGCAAAAGCUGCCAAAAUGAGGCUCUACAGUUCUUGAAAGCUCCGUCCUCUUCUGACUACUCGUUCCAGCACCCAUAUCAACACAUAGCACACCCACAUCAUUGUCAAAGCCACCAAAGAAGUUUGUACAAAGCCCAGUAUUACCCUUACCCCUCAUCCCAAAUGGGGCACCCUCAAAUGAUGCCUUGCAACAGCCAUUACGAACAGUCAUGUAUGUCCGCCACGAUGGGUCUUCAAAUGCAAGCCACAAUGUCGUUUCAUCACACACCACCUGGAGUUGACUACUCUUCUCCAUGCAUGAUGCGAGCGUGGCCUUCGGGUCAUCCUAUGCACGACAUCUUGUGCUUCCCACAUCCAUCAGCUUCGUUUGCCAGCAAGCAUAUGCCUCUACACGUCGAAGGUAUGAUGUCCAGCAGCGUCCCUACUCAACCUUACAGCGUAGGGAGUUACUACAUGAAACCUCCUAUAGCGCCAAUGUACUUGCAAAGUUAA